UUUGUUUCUUUUCUAACUUGCACAUGGCGUCCGGUUGAAGGUUAUCAAACCCAGUAGAUAAACACCGUUACUUUUUCUUUUUAUAAACAUUCAUAUUAAUAUAACGACAUCAUCAGAUCAUAAUCAUGGGUAACGUGUCUGCAGCCGAGUCGACUAAAUCCUCUGUAGAUUUACCAGCACCACCUUUGUUACCACCCGGACCUCCAACUGAAAUUCCAAAAGCAAGACCCAAAGAAACAGCAGGGACUGGAAAUGAACCCGACACUAAUCCAGGACUUUACGAAGAUCUACACAAGCAAACUAAAGAACUAUUUCCUCAAGUUUUUGAAGGAGCCAAAGUUAUAAUAGCUAAAGGAUUGAGCAGUCAUUUCCAGAUUAGUCACACCAUGACUCUUAGUACUUUCUCUCCAUCUGUAUACCGCUUUGGUGCAACAUACAUAGGUCUUAAACAAAUUUCACCCACUGAGUCAUUUCCAGUCAUGUUGGGAGAUAUUGACUCUAGUGGUAACAUGAAUGCUAAUAUCAUCCAUGCCAUUACUGAUCGUCUCAGGGCAAAGCUUGUAGCUCAGUUUCAACCUAAUAAAUGUGUGGGCCAACAGGUAUCAUUAGAUUAUAAGGGAGAUGAUUUUACUACCUCCCUUACUGCUGGAAAUAUAGAUCCAUUAUCAGCAUCAGGUUUAUUAGUUGGUCAUUACCUUCAGCGUGUCACACCAAAUCUUGCUCUGGGAGCUGAGAUCAUGUACCAGCGAGGACAGCAAGUACCUGGAGGGGAGAUAGCUAUCAUGUCUUUAGCAAGUCGAUUUUCAGGUGAAAAGUGGCAACUGAGUGCUAACUUGAGUCCCAUGGCAGGAAAUCUCCACACUUGUUUUUAUCAGAGAGUUCAUGACAAUUUACAAGUUGGAGUAGAAUUAGAGACUAGCAUACGCAUGGCUGAGAGUACUGCAACUGUAGCUUAUCAGAUAGACAUUCCUAAAGCUGAUGUUGUAUUCAGAGGUCAACUAGACAGCAACUGGUGUAUAGGAGGUGUCUUAGAGAAGAAACUAGCUCCUUUUCCCUUUACUCUUGCACUUAGUGGCUAUGCCAACCAUGUAAAAAGUCAAUAUCGCUUUGGCAUUGGAAUGAUAAUUGGAUGAAUCCAGCUGUUAUUAGUUGUAGAUCUUUUAGAUUUUUUUUUUUAACAAAAGAAUGGUGUUUUUCUAAGUGCAGACAGUGUAUAGAUUUCUAAGUGACCCAAACUGUUGGAACUUAAAGGAACAAAUGUGUUAUUCUACAUGGCCUUGUUUUAUGUUUUGCAGCUCUCUUCAGAGGAUGCCAACUUAUCUUUUUUAUUUCAUUUCUCGUUUGUUGGUUAACAAGUUCACCAUUGAAGGCUGGAACUUGUUGACAAUAAAAUCUAUUGUUUUCAAAUUGAUACUUUUUAUAGCUAAAUAUUUUGUCCAAGAAGUAACGACUGUUGUCAUUAAAUCUACUCAAUUUAAUUUUUAAGGAAAAUGUAUUGAAUAGGUUUUAGAAAGUUGACAGUGAAAUUAGCUGACCAUGUGGGAUUUCAGUAUUAAACAUUGUUAAUAUAUGUGAAUGUUUUGGUUAUAUGGACUAAAGAUCAAGAAAUUUAUAAAAAAAUCACAAUAAUAUACUAGUACCUAACACCUUUAUUGCAUGUGACAGUUUGUUUGUUUUUUCCUUAAAAUUUGAUCUGAAAAUAAGUCAUAGUUUUAAAUCUGUUUCACUGUAAACUUGUGUUAUGAGACUUCACACUUCGUUCACAUUUUGUAUACUAUUUACAAAAUUUUUGAACAUUUAUAUAUAUAUAUAUAUAUAUAUAUAUAUAUAUAUAUAUAUAUAUAUAUAUAUAUAUAUAUAUAUAUAUAUAUAUAUAUAUACUGUUUCACAAUCAAUUGCAUAUUUUAGGUCUGAAUAUUUGAUGAAGACUUUGGUCUUUGUGAGAAGUUUGAAAAACUAAGAGAAAAAGAAAUUAAACUCCCUCAUCUUUUCAUGAUCAAACUCUUCUUAAACAUUUGCAUAAUGAGGUUUUUUAACAUUUAAAGAACCCUUGUUCCUGUAUAGCUAGUGUUAUAGUGUGAGUAGCAUUCUGGACUUCUAGAAUAGAACUAUUGGAUGAAUCAUACAAUUUUGCCUGGGUUGACCACUGUUUGCAUUUUCACAUGAUCAAAAUAUCUAGUUUCAUUUUAAAAGGUAUCCCAUAGAUACAUGAUGCAAUCAUAUUUCUGUACAUUCAUUUGUGUGUCGAAGUGAUAUCUCUGUCUAGGCUUGCAAGAACAUGUGAGAUACCAUGUGUGUGCUUUGGAUGAUUUUAUAACCACUGUAAUAAAAAAUUUGAUCUUGUUUUGUGUGUGUAUGUGUGUGCAUCUAAAAGGUUUCAAAAUGGAGACAUAUCUAUUCAAAUUUUAUUAGUUGAAAGGACCACAUUAUCAAUGCGAGAUCUAUUGUAUUUGAAAUGCUUUGAAUAUCUUUUGAACAUCAGAGAAAAAGUGUUCAAGUUGAAUGUCUUGCAAUGUAUGAAAAAGAUAUAAACAUUUUAGCUCUCUUUAGACUUGGAUCCUGGUGAUAUCUUAGUAUACUUUGUGUUAACAUGUGCAUUAGUAGAAAACAUUGAUGUCUUAGUAGUCAUAACAGAUUAUGUAACACUAUAGUGUUUGUCUAUAAACAAAAUAAUGUCUGAUUUGAAAAUUUAGCACAAACAAAUCUAUUAUAUGUGUUAAAAUUGAGUUUUAUCUAUCUUAUACAUUACAGAUGUUCCUUCCAAAAGGAAGAAAAAAUGUCCUAUGCGUAUCCAUACGUUUUGAGAGCUAGUCUUAAGUAGGAGAUCUAACUGAGCAAUUCUAAAAUAUCAUCUUGAAUUGCUCAUUGUUGUGUAUAUGCAUGUGUGUUAAUGAACAUACAAUUAAAUGGUUGAAAUUUGACAAAUAGAAUGUCACAAGAUUUAGCUACUUCAGAAUAAGUAGAAGUGAAAAUGUUAUCAACUAUAAUUUUGUUUAGUGCGGUUCUAUAAUUCACUGUUGUAUCAUUUUUUUUUCCUUCACAUUACUAGAUAUUAUAUUCUUAUUAACUUCCAUAUUCUUUUAAACAUUUGCAAACGUUGAAUAAAUAUGUGAUUACAAAGAAUCUGUUUAAUUAAAAAGUGUAUUAUGAAUUGA